AUGUCCGGGAUUCAGAGCGAUGUUCCUCUUCCUUCGCUCUCGUCGGAUGCUCGUCCUCGCCUUACCUGGACGGAUAAGGAGGAUUGCUUGCUGAAGGAGCUGAUUCGCCAACACGGAACGAACAAGUGGGCUCUUGUUGCUUCUAAGAUCCGCACCAAGACGAACAAGCAGUGCCGUCGCAGGUGGCAGGCGUUUCUGAACGCCAUGGGUAACAAGGGCGUGUGGACACCUGAGGAGGAUGAGAAGCUUCUGGAAGGUCACCGCUUGUACGGCAACCGUUGGACUGAAAUUGCUCGCAUGGUUCCUGGAAGGACCGACAACGCUGCAAAGAAUCGUUUCGCAGCGUUGACUGCUAAGCGCGGUGGUGCUGUUCCGCAAAAUCAGUCCAAGUCACCCUCGCAUUCGGACGUCUCCGAAAACUCUGGUGAUGGCGACGAGCCCGUUCAGGAGCGGCAUCGCCGGCGUGAAUCCCGAUGUCACGAAUCCGAGGACCAUCCGUUGCCGAAGCGCGCCAAGCUGGGUGACGUGGAUGAAGAUUUUGCCGAGGGUGCUGCUGUCGGCACAUCUUCGCUUCCACGUGCUGCUGAUGAGCGACGUAAAACAGCUUCACAAGCGCAUGCUGCUGACGACGGACUUCAGAUAUUUUCAUCACCGGGUGCUGCUGAUGAGGGGCCUCGGGUAGCUUCACCACCACGGAAUGCUGACACGGACGGACUAGCAAUUAAUCCACGCUCGUUAGACGACGAGCCGGCGCGUCGUGGUCGUGCGGAAGGUGCAUCUGUGGCGAGCGACAGCCUUCGUGUUACCGUGAAUGGCGCGAGUGGUGCAUUUCGUGAUGGUGCUGCUGAUGAUGCGUCCGCGGCGGGGGGAAUCGACGAGCUGUGGCGGAAGGCGGAGCUGCGCGCGGUGACCGCGGAGGUGGCGGAAAGCGAGGCGCGGAUGAAGGCGCUGGGGGCGGAGAGGGAUGCGCGGGAAGCGAGGGUUGCGCGCGCCAGCGAGAGGUGCAGGAAGGCGGAAGUGUCAAUCCAGCAAGCCACGUCAGCAGUGCACAUGGCGCGGCACGCACAGUACUCCUUGCGGGCGGCAGAAUGGGCGGCGGCAGUGGGAGUGAGAGAGGGAGUGGCGGCAGCAGAGGAAGGGAGAAGACGGUUGAAUCAGCUGCUGAUGCUGGCAGGAUCUGAAUCAGGGCACGGGGAAGAUCAAACCAAGAGUAUUACACUUGGUGGUGAUGGUAUGCUGAGGCUGGAAGGAUCGGAUGCAGCAGCGUCAGGGAGGAGAGAUGAGAAGGAGUCCACUUUUGAGGCGCCUCAAACCAAGAGUAUUACACUUGGCGGCAUUGGUAUGCUGAUGCUGGCAGGAUCGGAUGCAGCAGCAUCAGGGAGGAGAGAUGAGAAGGAGCAUGCAGCACAUGGCUUGCUGCAGGGUUUUGAGUCGACUCAAAGGUCAACUGUGCUGAUGCUGGAAGGCUCAGAUGCAGCAUCAGGGAAGAGAGAUGAGAAGGAGAAUGCAACACAUGGCUUGCUGCAGGGGAAGCGGCAGGAAGAUGCGAUUGAUGGAGCGGCGGGGCGGGGGGAGCGCGGAGGGGCGGAGUUGCGCGGGGAGCGAGAAGCUGAGGGGAGUGGAAGGUUAGAGGGGCGGCCAUUGGAUGCCCUGCAUGCGCUCAAGGCCCUGCAGAUGGCAGCAAAGGAUCUCUCGGCAGCAUCCUUUGCCGUGGCGGAUCAUGGUGUAGACCUGGGCUGGGCGCUGUAG